AUGCGGAGGUUGUUGUAUAUAAUAACCAUUUUUGGAUUUGCAAUGGAGAUAAGCAGCCAUGUGACCUUCACAAACUUAAAAUGCAGCGUAAGUGACAAGAAAUUUAUGAAAUUUGAAAAAUGCUACAUCAAGGCGGUUAACCGCACGCAUAAGUACAUAGAUGUUCAUGCUAAUCUUUAUCAAUUACCAGUAGACAAUAUAAUGAUUAGAUUAAGGAUGAUGCGCAAUGACCACGGCUUUAAGCCAUUCUUCAUAGACAUGUCCUUUGAUGCGUGCAAGUUCAUGAAAAAUCAAAAGAAUCCGAUUCUGAAUCUUUUUUAUGGAUUCUACAAGAAGUCUUCCAACAUUAAUCACACGUGCCCUUUUAAUCAUGACUUAAUUGUGGAUCAUAUGUGGACUGGAAACAUGGAAACGGAAGUCAUGAACUAUCUUCCUAUAAAGAAUGGCGAUUAUGCUGUGUUUUCGGAUUGGUCUACGAAUAAUGUUCUUCGUGCCUCCCUUCAAUUGUAUGUACGAGUAACGGAAAAUUAAAACCAAAUUAAAGAUUUGAUUUUAUCAAC